AUGGCUGAGGAUUUCAUGAAUCGUUUCAGAUUUAAUACUGAAAUCACUGCGGACAGGUUCUCAUUAGCCAACAUACAAAAGAAACCAUCGGAGGACUUCCAGGAGUAUGCACGACGUUGGAGAACCGAGGCUGCAAGGGUUCAACCACCGCUCGAUAAGAGUGAGCUCUCAAAAUACUUUAUUCGAGCCCAAGAAGGUAUCUACUUUGACAAGAUGAUGUCAAUGAUGGGCCAAAAGUUUGCAGAAUUGGUCAAGAUGGGAGAUUUUAUAGAGGAAGGCAUCAAAUCAGGUAAAAUUCAGUCCAUGGCUGCAUUGCAAGCUGCAAGUAAGGCCAUACAAUCAGGAUCCAUUGGUGGCAUCAAGAAGAAAAAGGAGGAUGUUUCAGUCGUCAAUUACCAACAUGGAGGACAAUCCCACCAAUACCCCAACAAUCCCCAAAUUGUUGCACAUACUCCAUACACCUCGUAUCCAGUGUAUAAUACCCGACCACACUAUAAUCCACCUCGAGCACCAACAUACCAAAGUCCAACAAGACCACAUGUCCCACUCCAAGCACCAACCCACCAAAAUAGACCAGCAUAUGUGCCAAGACCACGUCCAAAUCUCGAAGCCAGAAAUACUCGCACCUACACACCCAUUGCUGAACCUUAUGCUCAAUUGUUUGAAAGGUUGAGGAUAGCAGGAGUACUACAUCCAGUUGAGGGAAAACUCCCCGACCCAAUCCCUUACAAUUUUGAUGGAAACAAGCGAUGCGCUUACCACUCGGGAAUCCAAGGGCAUGACACAGAAGAUUGUUAUGGCUUGAAAAACCAGGUUGAGACGUUGAUCAGAAGAGGAAUAAUAAAAUGCACUCCAACACCUCCGAAUGUGAACAACAACCCUUUGCCAAAUCAUGAGAAUCGAGAAGUCAAUAUGAUUUCUCUAGAAGAAGAGUACAACUUGGGAGAAACCAUCGCGCCUGUCUGGAACGCCGAAGAAGCUGCCACUGCAUCUCUAGUGCAACCUGUUAUCACUAUUCAACUAAGAGAACCUUUUACUGUCCAAACAUAUAUCCCGAGAGUUGUAGUUACCACUACAGUUGCUAGAAAGGCUGAGUUUGACACCAAAGGAGUCCCAUGGGAUUAUAAAACAGAAGCCAAGGGCAAGAUGAUUGACGCCGCUGUGGCUCAGGGGAUGACUAGAUCAGGAAGGUGCUAUACUCCCGAGAAUCUGAAUCAAGGAGUUAUUGGGAAGGAGCCGAAUCCCAAGAAGAAUGUUACGGAUGCUGAAGUCACAGAAUUUUGGAGAAAGAUGCAGCCGAAAGACUAUUCAGUCGAGGAGCAACUGAAGAAGACAUCGGCUCAUAUAUCCAUAAUGUCUUUGCUAAUGAGUUCUGAGGCUCAUAGGAAUGCUUUGAUGGAGGUGUUAAAUGGGGUUUGCAUUCCAAAAGAGACCGCAAGUGAAACCUUAGCUGCAAUAAUUGGACAAGUGUUGGAAUCUAACAAAAUCUCUUUCCAUGAUAAUGAGCUACCAAUGGAAGGGACUGGACACAACAAAGCACUUCAUAUCGCGAUCAAAUGUCGUGAUAAGAUUGUGACCCGAGUUCUGAUUGAUGGCGGUUCUGGAUGUAACAUCUGCCCUUUCACAACUUUGAGAGUUUUAGGCUUGAAUAUGGGAGAUAUAGAGGAAAGUCGUGUAAAGGUUAGAGCUUUUGAUGGAGCACAGAGAAGCGUCAUUGGAGAAAUCCAUCUCACAUUGCAAGUGGGACCAGCAGAAUUCCCUAUUUUAUUUCAAGUGAUGGAUGUGUCAUCAAACUACAACCUGUUGCUGGGAAGACCAUGGGUCCAUAUGGCAAAAGCAGUUCCUUCAACUCUUCAUCAAUGUGUAAAGUUUGAGUGGGGUCACACAGAAGUUACUAUUCAUGGGGAGCUCAAUCACCCCAUCUAUUCUGUCAAUUCUGUUCCAGUAACUGAGGAAUUAGAUGGAGCCACUUUUCACACUUUAGAAAUCAUGCAAGCUGUGAGGAUUGAAAAGAAGUUAGAGUCGGUUGGUGUGAAAUUGUCAGGGGCAACGAAGAUGGUCGCAGCAGAGAUGUUGAAAUACGGGUAUCAGCCUAAGACAGGACUUGGACCCAGGGCCAAUGGCAUAGUUGAACCCAUCCAGCUGAAGCAUCAGAAAGGUACCACUGGACUCGGAUAUGGAUCUACAUCGGGACGAGUCCACAACAGGGGAUCCAUCAAGACAACGUUUGUACCAGAGCAAGUUCCGAUUCUAGAUCACGCAUCUGACGAUGAUAUAGUGGAAGGAAUAGGAAAUUUGUUCGUGGCCAUGAUUGGAGAAGAGGAAGAGAUAGAUCUCCGCAAAUUGAGCAUCCGUGAUUCCAAGCCUGGAGAAAGCUUGCAGAAUUGGACCGUCAGCCCUUCCCUGUUUCGACAAGAGUCCUGGUAG